AUGACAAAAGAAAAAACCCAGAGGAAGCAUUUUCUGGAGACACUAAGUGUUCUGCAUUGGGUGCUAACUUUUCUCUUCUUCGGGCUCACUUGCAGUAUCCUGAUGGUGUAUCUCAUGUUUACCUCUCUGUGGCCGCUGUCUGCACUGUACUUCGUUUGGCUGGUGCUGGACUGGGACACCCCUGAAAGAGGGGGCAGAAAAAUACAUAUUGUGAGGAACUGGAAGACAUGGGAUCACUUCAGGGACUAUUUUCCUGUCAAAUUGGUGAAGACAGCCGAGCUGAACCCAAACAAAAACUACGUCCUUGGCUGUCAUCCACACGGCAUCAUGAGCUGUGGAGCCUUCAGCGCCUUCAGCACCAAGAGCUGCGGCUUUGCCGAGCUGUUUCCUGGGCUGCGAUGCCGCCUGGCUAUCCUGGCAGGACUUUUCAGGAUCCCGCUCAUGAGGGAAUACAUAAUGGGUGCAGGUCUUCUUCCAGUCAGCAAAGCAAGCCUCGAACACCUUCUCUCCAAGAGCGGCAAAGGAAAUGCGGUGGUGAUUGUGGUUGGGGGAGCAGCAGAGUCUCUGGCAUCCUCACCUGGGGUCAACACGGUGGUGGUGAGGAACAGAAAAGGAUUUGUGAGACUGGCGCUUCAGUACGGGGCUGAUCUUGUUCCUGUUUACUCAUUCGGAGAGAAUGAUCUCUUUCAGCAGGUGACUUUCUCCGAGGGCAGUUUUGGCCGCAAGUUGCAGGACUUGAUCAAAAAGAUCAUGGGUUUCAGCCCAUGUGUGUUUGUUGGAGAGCACUUUUUAAUCAUGCCCUACAGGCAUCCAGUCACUAUUGUUGUGGGAAAUCCGAUUGCAGUUCCUCUGCGUAUCACGCCUACCGAGGAGGAGGUGGACCACUAUCACGGACUUUAUAUGGAGGGUCUUUCCAAUUUAUUCCAAGAACAAAAAGUCAGCUGUGGACUUUCUGAAAGUCACAGGCUUGAGAUCAUUUAG